CCCACUGUCGUGGAAGGAUAAAAAUGGAGUCCGGUUUAGCCUGACGGAUCCCCUUAACAUGUAUGUUUUAUGCUAAAAGUCUGUAUAUAUGAAAAUGCUAAAAGUCUGUAUAUAUGAAAAUGUGUUUUUCUACUAAUGUUUUUUUUUCCUGAUAUUGUCAUAUAAAGUAUUUUUUAACCAGCUGUCAAAAUAAUGAGCUGUAAUUAUGGUGUUGAUUAGAUUUUGUGUAUUAUUGUAACAUUCUAUGUUUUAGCAUACUGUUUCAAUUGGAUCACUGACUCUCUGCUUUGUAGGUUUACAGCUGAAGGUAUUGCGGACAAACAUUAAGGAGGGCCAGACUAGGACACAUGGGGAUUAAGACUCAAUUUGGAGCCUGUCUACCAGUCAGGUAAGAGCAGCUAAGAUGAGAGUAUGAUUGCCAACCAUGUACGGGGUCAUGACUGAAACCUACUUUCUUGCAGGGCGCUAGGGUUCCUUAUGGGCAUCAAGCUGAUACUCCACCUUUUAAAGGUCACAGCUUGGGGCCAAUACAUCCAUGGAGAGCCUAAACCCCAUUUCCAGUAGUGGGACCUAUUCUGGAGUCCAUCAGAUCAUACAUUCAAUUCACCCUGUGCUGACAGGAUCAAGGGACCACAGUCUGAAAUCAAAAUUACUUACAGCCAAGAGUGAGGGAGUGAGAGAUUUGUCUUCAUAUUAACAUUAAACAAGACCUAAAGGCGCGAUUCACCAUAUCACAUCCUCGGUCUGCUUUACUUAACACAAUAGGGAAUGAAGUGAGAACUUCCCAAUUCACACUCAAUCAGUUUUUGAGCUCUCAUAGCAUCAUGGGAGAUUCACAGCAUGUGGAAUGGUGGGCUGUAUUAUCCUUUUCCCUGUUUUCAGAAGUAAACACUCCAUCGUCCCUGGAACAUAGGUCUGGUGGUAGGUGCACCCCAGCACAGCCAGUAUUACAUCAGCUUACAAUAAGUCAUUGAGUCAUUAGAGAAUGGUAUAUCACUACCAUUGGCUGAAGGAUAAAACCAGGAUUGGUGAAUAAGUUACAUUUCCAGAUUAAUUAUUGCUGAAUUAAGGUUUUUAUUGUUUUUGAUAUGUAAGUCCAAACACAGCUGCUCAGCAUAACCCGGUACGCAGCUGCCAGAGCUCCUAGGAUUUCAGGGAGGCGCAUGAAAACCGAGGCUAUCUCCUCACCCUCCUAUUUUCAUAGAGACUCGAGGAGAGGGAGAGAUAUGAGACAAGUACUAAGAGAAAAGAACAGAGAAGGUAGGUGCGUUGUGAUUUGGCGAUAAAUAGAAAUGCUAGCCGAUAAGUCUUAAUUUUUAUAUAAGCAGAAAAACUAAUAUUUGUUUUGCCAUAAAAACUCUGAACACAGAAUAUUUGUAAAUAGUAAGCGUGACAGAGGACUUCCCUGAUCUCCGAGAUUCUAUCUUAAUUCUGAAAGGAAGUUGCAAACAGCUUUCUAAAUACCGCAUGUAGACAAUCAACAUGAUGGCUUCAAGUUCCUUGAUGGUUCUCAAUCAUCAAUUCUUAAUCAAUUGUGUUACAAAAAUCAGCAACUCUGGUGGGUAUAUACAUGGGUGGUUAUUGUGCUAUCGGAUGUUAGGAUCUCGAUCCUCUCAAGGUUUAAUGCUAGAAGAUAGCACUUAUUUAUAUAAAACAUUGAGUCAUAUCACUGUAGCCUGGUCCAAUGUGCAAGAGUAAUCUACUAAAGCAAAGCUGAUGCAAUCCACUAAAACUGUAAGUACCAUGAGUGGCCUGGUGCCUUCCCAGUGUUAUGGAUUAAAUGGUUUUCAGUUUGACAUCCACCUGGGUGCCCAGGAGUCUGAGGUCCAUCCCUUCUUCUUCUUUCCAUAUAGAUACCAAAUAUUACGACGUGUUAUUGUGCCCAUUAGACCACCCAUUAGCUAGUCCUUAUUCCCAUAUUUAUCUGCCAUUAUUCCCACAGGUUAGCUGGCUGCAAACCAAACCCACCAGUGUUCUACACCACGUUCCUCCUACUGGAACGGUUUCCACGUAAUGUCCACCUGCCACGCUCCAGGUGUGUGUUCAUCAACGCACAGUGUCAUUACAGCACGGCAAAGUACUGCGAUAUCAGACAUGAAUAUGAACCUGCGUCCAAAUAUAACCGCACAAGGAGUGUCUUUUAAUAUAUUUUAAAAUAAAACCUCAUAUCUCCUAGUGCUUUCUGAACUUCUUGGUCUUCUGUUAACUACC